AUGGACCAUCGCUCUCGAUUAGAACGAGAUUCCGAAGACUCUUACUCACACCUACCUAGAUCAAGAGCUAGUAGCACGAAUUCGACGACAAGUGGAUUUCGCAACUUAGACCUUAUCGCUUCGUCUCAUAGACCUCAACCGCCGUCUUAUAUCAACCGCCUCCCACAUCGUUCUACGACUUAUCUCCAAGAACCUACGUCUUAUCCUUCUCAGAGUGCUUUGGAAACCGAGUGGAGCGAGGGACAGUCACAGUCACAGUCACAAGGAACACCUUUACUACGUGUCGAUCCAGCGCGAGAUAGUUCCUCUUCAUCUUUACCACCUCCGGCAACAUCAACUAUGAGUACCGUAGCUGUAGCAUUCGACCCAAGGUUGGAGAUGGGUAUUCCGCGCUCCUCCUAUAGUUGGCCCGGUCUAGAUUCAGCCUCGGAUUUAUUAGCUCACGACAUGAGCUCUGUUGGUCAUGGAUCCGAUGCCAGCAUGACCCCUCCGAGUGGAUCUCGAUCUUUAACUUCCAGCCCGCCCCGAUUCACCUUGACACCGGAGCAACGAGAGCUUAAGAGGCAGCGGGACCAGGCUCGACGGGAUUCAAAGACGACAGCACGCGCGCGCCGAGCUAUGAGCACUUACUCUUCUGCUUCUCAAUCACCGCCAGUUUCGCUACAUGAAUUUUCCGCAGCGUCACCUGUUCCAGUUUACACGACUGCUCCAUCGCAAAUAUCACUCCUGGCAGAGCCCGCGACAUCUAUUGCCCCGCAAUAUAUGCCAUCUUAUUCCACGUCGCCUCUCCCUGACCACGGCAGCCCGAUGUUCACACAUCAAUUUUCUUCACUACCGCCUAGUGAUUACCUGGGCCUGAAUUACUCACCGGGAUACCCUCCGCCCCCACCAUCCGCUCACAGCUUAUCUUCAUCGUAUAGUCGCCCGUCGCCACCGAUGCAUGAAGCUCAGAUGAUGUAUCCUGUUCAGCCCCCACAAAUUCUUUCUUCUGGAGGCUCAGCGCAAGAAGCCGGCCACGUCCGCGUCGUUCAAAGUCGACCUAAGCCUCAGUGCUGGGAGCAUGGAUGCAACGGACGACAAUUUUCGACUUUCAGUAACCUCCUGAGACAUCAGCGUGAGAAGUCGGGACAGGCAGCUAAGGCUACAUGCCCUAACUGCGGUGCCGAGUUUACGAGAACUACUGCUCGCAAUGGACACUUAUUACAUGACAAGUGCAAGCAAAGACGAAACUCGUAAAACAUUUAAAAAAAAAUAAAAAGAAAUACGACAACACUUUCGACGAUUUCUUAGGGAUGAAUGAUUGUCAGGAUGUCAAUGUGAAAAUAUGGGAGCUACGAGAACUUGGGAAGCGGGAUACGGUUUUAGACGACGGCUCGACCGACACUCGAAACAAUCGGAUAUAUUUUUUUGCUCGGAGUAUAUAUGGGACUACGGAUUAUGGGGACUGAUGAGCUUUGGAAUAUGGCGUGGAAGAUUUAAGCAUAUACCCCUAU